AUGAGGCCUCUGGUGGCGAGAGAUGAAGGUGAGCUGAGCGCGAUGAGCUGGGACAGGUUGUUUGCAGAUAACAAAAGCGAGCUUGUUUUGUUAAGAUGUGCUGCUGCAUUUGGAAAUGAUUUAUAUUCUCGUUUGCGGAGAAGGCGGCGUGGGAGCAGCGAGCGGUGCCGUGGAGAUAAAACGAGGUCGACUUGGCUUCAAAAGCGUAUGAGGAAACAAGAGGCGACAGAUAGACGGCAGGUGCAGAUGCAGGUGUGGGAAAUGCUGCAGCGUGUUUCCUGUGACGGGGCGGGUUUGUCUGCAGGAUAUUGCCACGGUGUGUGCUACGUAUGUUUCUUCGUAUAUUUCGCAUCUGGUCAAACCGCACACGCACAACAAUUGCGGUAUUGUUGUGUUUUUUUCCAUUUCCUGUUUCAUAUAAUGAUGACAGAUUAG